UUCAGCGUCGCCAAAUCCACACGCUACAUCUCGCGUCCCGCUCUCGCCAUCUUUCCAGCUCUCAUCUCCCCACUCUCCACUCUCCAAAACACCACCAUGCGCGCCUCCGCCCGUGUCCUCGUCUCCCACAUCCCCCGCCGCGAGGCCUUCAUUGUCGCCUCCAAGCGUACCCCCUUCGGUGCCUUCGGCGGCUCCCUCAAGGACCUUAAGGCCUCGGAGCUCGGCGGCAUCGCUGGUCGCGCGGCCCUCGCCGAGCUCCCCUCCGAGCUCGAGGUUGACCAGGUUUUCUUCGGCGGCGUCACCCAGACGGACAACUCGACGCCCUACCUCGCGCGCCACGUCGGCCUCCGCUCCGGGCUCCCCAACGAGGUGCCCGCGCUUACCGUCAACCGCCUCUGCGGCUCGGGCUUCCAGUCGGCCAUCACGGCCGCGCAGACCAUCGCGCUCGGCGAGGCUGACGUGUGUCUCACCGGUGGUGCCGAGGCCAUGUCCAUGGCGCCCAUGACCCUCGGCGGCGCCGCUCGCUGGGGCAUGCGCUUCGGCCAGAACCAGACCCUCGAGGACUCGCUCUUCGCCUGCCUCACUGACCAGAACCCUAACGGCAAGCCCACGCCCAUGGGUAUCACCGCCGAGAACCUCGCGCAGAAGUACGGCAUCACCCGUGAGCAGGCCGACAACUACGCGCUCCAGUCGCAGCAGCGCUACCAGGAGGGUCUCGCCGCCGGCGCGUUCAAGGACGAGAUCACGCCCGUGACCAUCAAGGGCCGCAAGGGCGACAUUAUCGUCGACAAGGACGAGCACCCCAAGGCCAAGACUACUAUUGAGACGCUCCAGAAGCUCCCCUCGGUCUUCAUCCCCAAGACUGGCACUGUCACCGCCGGUAACGCCUCGGGCAUCUGUGACGGCGCGUCCGUCAACAUUGUCGUCUCGGAGGACGCCGUGAAGAAGUACAACCUCAAGCCUCUUGCGCGUAUCGCGUCGUACGCUUGGUCGGCGUGCAACCCCGAGAUCAUGGGCAUCGGCCCCGCCGUCUCGGUCCGCCAGGCGCUUGCCCGCAUCGGCAAGAGCGUCAACGACAUGGACCUCAUUGACAUCAACGAGGCCUUCUCGACCCAGUGGCUCGCCGUCCAGAAGGAGCUUGAGCUUCCCAACGAGAAGUCCAACCUCUUCGGCGGCUCGGUCGCCGUCGGCCACCCCCUCGCCGCCUCGGGCGCCCGUAUCACCGGUAACCUCGUCCACAACCUCAUCCGUCUCGACAAGAAGUGGGGUCUUGGCGGUGCCUGCAUUGGCGGCGGCCAGGGCAUUGCCAUCGUCCUCGAGCGUGUCUAAGUGUGAAAGAGCGUAAGAUUAAAAAAACACUGUAGGCCAGCCAUGUAUUAUUGCAUAGGG